AUGGCCAAUCAACAAAGAAAGUGGGCUCUCAUUACCGGCGCAAGUCCAGGAGGGAUGGGUGAAGCCGAAGCAGCAGCCUUCCUGAAGCGAGGUGUGAACGUGAUCGCCACCUCCAUCGACACAGACGACAUCGAAUACCUACAACCCGAAAAAGAUAGAAACGACGGCUUUCUAGUCACUCUACGUCUCGACGUGACAUCGACAAAGUCCAUCGACGCAGCAGUCAAACAAGUCGAAAACCUCACCGACGGCAAACUAGACUUCCUCAUCAACAACGCCGGCUACGGCUACUUCGGCCCCCUAAUGGACGUCGACAUCUCCCAAGCCAAGAAACAAUUCGACGUGAAUGUCUGGGGCGUCCUAGCCGUAACGCAAGCCUUCUUCCCGCUCCUCCGCGCCGCUAAAGGCACAAUCGUCAACCAAGCCAGCAUCUCCGGCGUCGAAGGCUUCAGCCGCCCCUUCAUGGGCAUCUACUCCAGCUCCAAAGCCGCAGUGAUGAACAUGAGCGCCGUCAUGCGCGUCGAGCUCGCGCCUUUCGAUAUCCACGUCGUCACGCUCGUGACGUCUGCGGUCAAGACGGAGUUUUAUGCGAAUCGGACAGGAGGCGGGAUUUUGGAGACUUCGGCUUAUUUUCCGAUUAAGGAGGAGUUGGAGGGGAUGAUGGGGAGGUCUUUAGCGGAUGGGAGGGGGCAUGAGAGGGAGCGGGUUGCGGAGAGUACGGUUGAGGAGUUGUUGAGGACGCCGCCGCCGUUGUUUGUGAGGAAGGGGUAUGCGGCUAAUGUGCUUGCUUGGUUGAUGUGGUUGUUGCCGACUUGGGUGCUUGAUGCGCAGAGUGUUUCGGGGACUCCUGUUGGGCGACUACAAAACGUCUUGAGGGGAAAUGCUGAUACUAAGAAGUCCGACUGA